GCCAGAGCCACAGGGGAGGGAGAGAGAGAUAAGCUGAGAGAGGCAACUGUAGCUCUGCAAAAGCAAUGCUUGUUAUGUCGGCUUCAGGGAUGAUACUGAGGAAGAGCCAUGUCAAAUCAGGAUUAAAACUAAAACCAUUUUUUUUUUAGUUUUUGUGUUCCCUGAAUAUCUAUUUUGACCCUCCUGACAAUUUGUUCCUCUUGUAGUAACUCUGGCUUUCUUCUCUUAUUUGCUCCUUUAUAUAUGCAAAAACCAGCACUAUCCUUAUCUCACACUACCAUUUCUGGAAUGCAAAUGCCAGACACAGACAACUUAGGGUUUCCCAACAGCAGCCUUACAGACACUGACACAAAGGGUGAAGCAAUAAACUGGUAGAUAUUCUUUUACUUUUCCUUCUUUCUGCUGCCAAUAUUUUUUUCAAGAAGUGCUUGUAGAAGAGAAAGCAGACUGUGAUCUCUUGGUUCUAAAGCUACAUUUGGCAUUUCUGAAUGCUUAUAUUUGUGGGUUUUGGUACUUCUGUUUGUUUCUUGCUCUUCUCUCAUGGCGUCUCCUUCUCUUUUCCUUGUUGGCAUUGGGUUCCUUGUUGUGGCUUGUGGGGCGAUUGCAGUGCAGAGAAACGUGGAUGAGACUGGAAUGGUGAUGGAGGAAGGGGAGCUAUUGGGGCUUUUUGAUGUUAUGGGUUCACUCCUAGAGGAACCUGGUUGGGCUGAUGUGCACCCAGAGCCAUGCACCGACACUCCAUGGCCUGGUGUUGAGUGUGAGAUUGGUCAAGACCCUCCAAUCUUUCAUGUUACGACUAUUCACAUUGGCCCUGAUGUUGCUACCCCUCCUUGCAAACCUUCUGCUAAAAUAUCAGAUUCCUUGCUCAAACUACCUUACCUGAGAACUCUCUCUAUUUUCAAUUGUUUUGUAACUUCACAAGUUACGCUUUCUCCUACCUUAUUUGGUUCACUUUCUUCCUUGGAGCAUCUAUCACUUCAGUCAAAUCCAUCCCUCUCUGGAGAGGUUCCUCAAAGCUUAGCUAAAAUUUCUACGCUAAGGGUCAUGAGCUUGUCCCAGAACAAUCUACAAGGAAAUAUCCCUCUCGAACUUGGUGGUUUAGUCAACUUAGAGCAACUUGACCUGAGUUACAACAAUCUCAGUGGUGAAAUUCCUGAAGAUAUUGGAGGACUGAAAAGCUUAACUAUUUUGGAUUUAAGCUCGAAUGGCCUUGAAGGGCCGGUGCCACAUUCGUUGGGUCAGCUUCAGCUUCUUCAAAAAGUUGAUUUGUGCUCAAACAGGCUUCAUGGACGGAUACCUCCAGAAUUUGGGCAGCUAAACAGCUUUUCCGCAUGUGGGUUAAUGGGCCCAAUACCCAACUCCUUGUCUUCAUUGAAGAAUCUGACUGCCCUUUCUCUAGACAACAACAGCCUCACCGGGACAAUUCCUCCAAGUUUAGGGUCACUUCCAAAUCUAGACCAGCUUAACUUGAGUCACAACAAGCUAAGUGGGGAGUUACUACUCUCAGAGGAGUUCAUUAAGAGACUAGGGAAAAGGUUGGAUGUUAGAGGCAAUAGUAGGCUCUGCACAAGCUACCAGCUAUCCAGGAAGAACAUCUCUACUUAUCUACAAACCCCAGCUUGCUUGGGCACAGAAGGAAUAGUUGACAACAGAACUUGUCCUGAAGAACAACCGGAUGAUUUCAAAGGCAGGAAGCCAUAUUGGUACCAUGGCCAGACGAGUUCACGUGCUCCUUUACAAGACCCACAGUUCAUUUCAACUUGUUUUGUUCUUUUGCACGCGCUUUCCUUUUUGUAA